GUUAUAGACUCUGGUGAACUGCGGUAUAGUUGGCAUUGUAAUUGUUGUAUGUUUUAUACAUGACAUGUGAGUUUACUAUGUUCCUUCGAAAUUACUAUUUUUCUAUAUUAUGCAAAAAGGAAAUUAAAUUAUCAUUUCAUAAAAAUGUCAAAUUCACUUGUACGUAAAGGGCUUGAGUUAUUGGGAUACGAGAAAACAGUGAAACAAGAAAAAAAGAAAAGGAAGCAUACAAAUUAUAAAGGUACAUUAGAUUUGAUUCCUGCAAAACACAGAAUAGUAUCGAAAAACGACAAAACAGAUCUUGGUACAAUUCUUGGACGAUCGAGUAAAGUGACUGUUUAUGAAACUAAAAAAAAAUUAACAGCACAGGAAGAUCCCACAGAUAAAAAUGUAAAAAAACUUUUAGUGCUCAGUAACAACCGUAUGGAUCCAAAUACAGUAAAUAAGUUACUAGAUCGAGCUGUAAAGAAAAGAUAUAUUCCAAAACCACAUAAGCCUAAAGGACCAGAAACUACAGCAUUUACCGAAGAAGAUUUCAAGAAGUUUGAAAAAGAAUACAUAGAAUAGUAAAUUUUAAUGCAAUAUUUGAGUAUUUUAAAAUUAAGCGGAGUGGUGGUCAUUAUUUAUACAAAUGUUCAAUAGCGAUCACAAGAAAGGUAAAGCAAUAUUAAUUGUGACUUCCAUUUUAUUUCUCUAUUACACUAUAUGGAUAAUUG